AUGGUACAAUCCUUACCUAGAGAAUGUCUUGAAGAAGUAUUUCAUUUACUUCAAAAUGAUAAAACUUCUUUACACUCUUGUCUUCUGGUUAACCGAUUCUGGUGUUCAAGUGCUGCUCCUUUCUUAUGGAGACGUCCUUUUAAACUUGCUAAAAAACCUUGUCCGGAACUAAUAGAAAUAUAUACUUCAUUAUUUGAUAAACGAGUUAAAUGUGAACUUAAGGUUGAAGGAAUCAAUAUACCAAUCUCAACUACUCCAAAAGUAUUUGAUUAUCCAAGUUUCUUACGUGAAUUCCGUUUUGACGAUUUAUAUGAAUCAACUUCUUCUUGGUUACAAGAUGGUUAUGAUAAAGGAAAACAAAUUAAAAGAGAAUCUGAAGUUUUUGAUGAUCUUCGUGUUAUUAAAAUAUUGGUAAAUGAACUUUGUAAACUAUUUUUUAGUAAAACUAAAGUUAUCGAAUCACUUUCACUCAAUACUCAACGUCUCGUUGGAUUAAUUGAUCGUCGAUUUUGGUCUCAUCAUCCUGGUGAUAUACAAUAUACUCCUACUAGUUUUGAAGAUUUUCGUGGUGCUUAUGGAUUUGAUGACCUUCUUAAAUUACCUUCUUAUUUUGGUGCAAAUUUAUGUUUACCUUUUUUACAAAAAUUUGAAUAUGGUGGUGAUGCUACCGAUGGAAAAAUUAUGAAAGUUCUAUCAAUGAUCUGCAAAAACCUUGAUACUCUUGAAAUAAGUUUUUCUUCAUGGCAAAGAAAACAUGCUGAUCCAAUGAUGAUGUUAAGUCUUUUACAAGCUCAAAAUUCAUUAAAACGUAUGGUACUUAGACGUGGUGGAUCAAAUUGUUUACCUAUUUUAAUAGAAGGAUUAAGAAGUCAAUCAAAUUCUUUAACUUAUUUAGAAUUUAAUGGUGCAGAUUUUAGAAUUUCUGUUUCACUUAAUUCUAUAUCAUAUUGUAUUAAUUUAGAAAUUUUAAUAUUUGAUAGAUGUUUAGGUUUAUCUGAUGAUAUUGUAGAACCUUUAUCAAAUUCAAAAUUUUUUAAAUUAAAAAAAUUUUUAUUUAGAAAAAGUAUUGGUUUUAGAGAUUUACGUACAAUUCUUGCUCCUGCUGAUAUUAGAUUAGGAAAAAAAGUUUGGAAUGUUAGAAGACCAUUAGGUAUAGUUGCAAGAGGUGUAGGUGAUUUUCCUCCACCAAUGAUUUUAUCAACAAUUUCAAUUUAUUGUCCUAAAUUAGUUAUAAUUGAAACUCAUAUAAGUAAAGAAACUUUACCUUAUUUAAAAUUAAUUCUUGAUAAUUGUUUAAAUUUAGAACAAAUUUUUAUUUCAAUCGGAACUGAAUUAAUGGAUGAUGAAAUAUUUUGGAAAGAUUUAUCAUUUAAAUUACCUAAAAAAUUAAGAAAUUUAAUGAUAGUAAUUGAAGGAACUUUUUGGUUAAUGGUAUUACAUUGGUUAUUAGGAAAUUGUAAAGUACCUUUAGAAAUUUUACAAUUUCCUAGAAGUAAUUGUAUUGAUGAUGAAUAUUUAUGUUUAAUUACUCAAUAUGCAAAAAGAAUUGGUUCAUUAAAAAGACUUGCAUUAGCAAAACGUACAAAAGUUAGUUCGGAAGGUAUGAGAAGAGCAUUAAUGGUUUUUGAAAGUAUUACUAAAACUGGUGAAUGGAUUGAGAAUGAUGAUAAUUUGAGAUAA